CCCGAGCUCCUCAGAAGCCCUCCCACAAGGCCAUGAAGAUGAGCCGCCUCUGCCUCCCUGCAGCCCUCCUGGUCCUCCUGGGCACCCUGGUGCUCAGCGCCCAGCGGGGUGGAAGCCGCUCCCCUGCCCGAGGCCUGCAGCCUGCGUUCUGCUUGGAGCUUCCGUACACGGGUCCCUGCAAGGCCCGGAAAAUCAGGUACUUCUACAACCCCAUGACCAGGCUCUGCCAGACCUUCAUAUAUGGCGGCUGUGAUGCGAGGAGGAACAACUUCCUGAGUGAAUAUGACUGCAUGAGGACCUGCGGUGGUGCUGUGAUGCCUCUGAGAAGAUGUGUCUUCCCCUGUGGUGCUGAAGUCCGAGGAGGCCGACCAGGGGUGGGCUGUGGCUGCAUCUGAAACAGUUAAUCUUCCUCUGCUCCCUUCUCAACCCCUCCCUCCUCAGCAGAGCCCUGCCCCUUCCCUUCCCACCAAGGGCCUACUUCCUUUAGCUCUGUCUCAUCCAGUAGGUUCUCAGCACCAUGAGAGCAAAUCAUCCUUUUAUCCCGAACACUUAGCCCAGUUCCUGGCACAGAGGAGACCAUCCAUAAAUGUUUGAAGAAGUGAAGGAUGAAGACAGGAGCACAGCUCCUCACCACUCAAGGGACCACAGAGCUUGGGACUUGAAACCAAGACGCUUGUGCCUACCCCUCGUUCUCACUGCAUCCGCAACCUCAUCCCCCCGCCCACCCUAAAGGCUCUCCUUGUGGCUGGCCAGGGUGAAGCUUCUGGCAUCCGUUUCUCAGCAUCACUCGUGGCAGAGGUCUUCUCACUAAGGAAGCUUCUUUCCCCAACAGUGACGUCACGUAUUUUCCUUUCUUUUGCUUCAAACAGUCUUGCUUUAUAUUUAAAUAAACAUAUUUCUCAUUAAACUGAGUGG